AUGGUGCAAUGAAAAUGUAACAACACGUAAUGGCUUCAGAGUCUGCCAACGGUGCCGUGAAGGCGAGAUUGUUAUUACAACAAUGUCUUUCUGCUAGACUUCAAGUCGAACCAGCAUCUGAACUUGAGGAAGCGAAAUACGUAGAGAUUGGGAAAGGUUUAAUCAUAUAUGUAUGUUUCAUGAAAGGUGCCACAGAGGAAACAGUGGAAAAAAUGGUGAAAAGUGCACUGAACACCUGUUUGAGUCCAUCACAAGAUCCCUCUGCCACAAAAAGGGUGUCAGUGUUGGAACUACCUGGAGAUGUACUCAUUAUACCUCAGGCUACCUUAGGAGGAACCCCAAAAGGAAAAGCCAUGCAAUAUCACAAAAACAUUGCUAAAGAUGAGGGUGAAAAAUUAUAUGCAAAUUUUGUAUCUUUGUGUGAAGUUUCUUUGCACAUGUCAGAGAAAGCCAGGGAACAAGGCAAACAAGUCCGAGCGGGAACUUACGGAAACCUGCAAGUGUUUCGAACCGAUACAAAUGGACCAUAUACGCAUUUACUGGAGUUUUGAAAUAUUCUUAAUAAAAAUGCCAAAACAUUUUUAAUCA